CUUUACCACUCCCACCACCACCAACAUCCAACAUUCCAUACCCUCCACCACCUUCCAUCACGCUGCCAUUGUGGUCGGUCUUGUUAAUUACAUAGUGGACAGCCGACCGGCCUUAGAUUAUCACCAUGUCCUCCCCAGCGUCUCGCCGGACCCGUCAAUCAAGGGACUCGGCCACUGCCUCCCCUGCGCACUCAACACGGUCCCGCCAACAACAGGAGCAAACCACCCCGCGGGCGUCGAGACGCCUGAGAGAAGAAUCAGCAAUGCCGGCAUCGUCUCCAAUCUUCUUCCAAUCCUCUCCAUCCAGAGGAAACGACGACAACGCCGAGACACCGGAUAUUAGAAUGGAUGAGCCUGGUGACACGACACCCCGAGGGAACGCAUCAACCGUACGAGAGUCUUCCCCCAUUCAAUACAUGCCUAGUUCGAGCCCGACGCGCGCUCAAAGCCGGGGUCUGCACUCCGACAGCAGUGGACUUUUCGUUUCUUCAAGAUCCGCUACAGGUGGCAACCGCGGCAUCUCACGCCGCAACGAUCUGAAUUCUGGCGGGAUUAGUUCCACUCCAAGCCGUCGUCGAAGACUUUUUGUCGAUAGUAAUGGAAUGCCUGUUCCCGACGGGGAGCCUCAAUCCGACGCGACUUUUUCCAACAUUAACCCCGGUACUUCGGAGGCCGAUGUCUUAGGUGGCGAUUCAACCCGGAUCAUCUGGGGUACGAACAUUGCGCUCCAAGAUUCCAUCAACGCCUUCAAGAACUUCCUCUACAAUUACGCCACUAAAUACCGUCUGUGGGCAGAAGGUGCGACUGAAGAUGAGACCCGUACAAUGGGGGACAUUGCAGAGGAGAGGGAAUAUAUCAGCACGUUGAAUACCAUGCGUCAAUUGGGUGUCACCAGUCUCAACCUAGAUGCCAAGAACCUCAAGGCAUAUCCGUCAACGUUGAAACUGUGGCAUCAGCUUCACUCCUACCCCCAGGAAAUUAUUCCCCUGAUGGAUCAGGGCGUCAAGGAUGUGAUGGUUGAUCUAGCAGGGAGGGAAAUGAAUCAGUUGCGAGCACGCAGCCGCCCUCAAGCUCAUGCAAGAGAUGCAGGCUCCGACGCUCAGCCAGAGAUCCCCGACCUCGUUGCAGAAGUCGAGACCAGGAUCUAUAAGGUUUUGCCGUUUGGACUCGAUUCCACAGUGAACAUGAGAGAGCUUGACCCAGCGGACAUGGACAAGCUGGUGAGCAUCAAAGGCUUGGUUAUUCGGACCACCCCUAUCAUUCCGGAUAUGAAAGAGGCAUUCUUCCGCUGCCAGAUGUGUAACCACGGUGCCCAGGUCGACAUUGACCGUGGCAAGAUUGCUGAGCCCACCAUUUGCCCCCGUCAAGUUUGUCAGGCAAGGAACUCGAUGCAGAUCAUCCACAACCGGUGUUCUUUUGCCGACAAGCAAGUUAUCAAACUACAAGAGACUCCCGACAACGUCCCUGACGGUCAAACUCCCCACUCGGUCUCGCUGUGCGUGUACGACGAAUUGGUGGACAUUUGCAAGGCCGGUGAUCGCGUGGAGGUGACUGGUAUUUUCCGGUGCAAUCCCGUGCGGGUGAACCCGCGCCAGCGCACACAGAGAGCACUAUUCAAGACGUAUAUCGAUGUGCUACACGUCCAGAAGACGGAUCGCAAGAAGCUUGGUGUCGAUGUAUCGACCGUCGAGGAGGAAUUGCAAGAUCAGACUGCUGGUGAUUCCGAACAGACACGCAAGAUCACCGCAGAAGAAGAAGAGAAGAUCAGACGUACCGCCUCGCGACCUGAUAUCUAUGAGCUUCUCUCUCGUUCGCUGGCGCCGAGUAUCUACGAAAUGGAUGAUGUGAAGAAGGGUAUCCUUCUCCAGAUGUUUGGAGGCACGAACAAGACUUUCCAAAAGGGUGGUAACCCGCGGUAUCGUGGUGAUAUCAACAUCCUUCUGUGUGGUGACCCGUCGACAUCCAAGUCGCAACUCCUCCGAUAUGUUCACAAGAUAGCUCCUCGUGGUGUCUACACCAGUGGUAAGGGUUCUUCGGCAGUUGGUCUGACAGCCUACGUGACCCGCGACCCGGAAACCCGCCAGAUGGUCCUCGAGUCUGGUGCCUUGGUCCUUUCGGAUGGCGGUGUCUGCUGCAUUGAUGAGUUCGACAAGAUGAAUGAGUCUACGCGAUCCGUCCUGCACGAAGUCAUGGAACAGCAGACUGUUUCCAUUGCCAAGGCAGGUAUCAUCACAACCCUAAACGCGCGAACCAGUAUCUUGGCGUCUGCGAACCCUAUCGGCAGUAAAUACAACCCCAACAUUCCUGUGCCGCAGAACAUCGACCUGCCUCCGACAUUGUUGUCUCGUUUCGACCUGGUGUAUCUCGUCCUGGACCGUGUUGAUGAGCAAGAGGACCGCCGUUUGGCGAAACACUUGGUCAACAUGUACUUGGAGGAUAGACCCGACAACGCGAGUGAAGAGGAGAUUUUGCCCAUCGAAUUCCUGACGGCCUACAUUACUUACGCUAGAAACAAAGUGAACCCCGUUCUUACGCCAGCGGCAGGCCGGGUGCUCUCAGACGCCUACGUGAGCAUGCGAAAACUAGGCGACGACAUCCGCACAUCGGACCGUCGCAUCACCGCCACCACCCGUCAGCUCGAAUCCAUGAUCCGACUGGCAGAAGCCCACGCGCGCAUGCGUCUGUCCGAGGAGGUGACCGCCGACGACGUGGAAGAAGCCGUGCGCCUGAUCCGCUCGGCCAUUAAGCAGUCAGCCACUGACCAACGCACCGGUCUCAUCGAUAUGGGUCUGCUCACCGAGGGAACAAGUGCCAGUGAGCGUCGCCAGCGCGAUGCCCUUAAGCGCGGUCUGCUUUCGGUGGUGGAUGAGCUUAGUAGCGGUAGCGGCUCUGCCCGGUGGGCGGAGGCGUACAAGGUCCUCAGUGACCAGAGCAGUGUUCCUGUGGAUGGCGGCGAAUUUUCAGACGCCGUGCGAGCCUUGGAAACUGAGGGCGUUUUGAGUGUUACCGGGGACGGUGCGCGGCGCAGCAUUCGUCGUGUUGCUGGAGGACGGCUGCCGUAGUCACCUCAGGAUUAGGAGAUUGGAAUGAUGUGACCACGAUCUUAUGCAUUACAGUAAUAUCCAGAUGAUGGGCUGAGGAUGUUAUUUUGUUUACCAAUGAUACGGAUAUGAUAUGUAUAGAGUACCUGCCAGAUUUGUUACCCGGUGUGCUGGAGUUGGUGGAAAUGAGUUAUAUAGCAACGAGCUUCGUAAUGGUACUUUUACACAUCCCUGCAUUCAUUUGUCUCAUAUAGUUCAAUUUAGCUUAUUGUGCAAAUGCUCUGGAGACAUGCCGUAUACGGCCGAGCCCGGAAUAUUCCCGACAACACUAGCAGGGGGGUGAAUCCGGCAGGUCGGCCGGAUUCACGGUCAUGUCCCAAUCAGGAAUAGUGUUUUCCGCUAGAGGUGAGCACGUGCCACGGUGAGUGGUCGGUAUUGAUAGCAGUGGACGGGCUAAUUGAGUCUCAUGUCUGGGCAACGAGUUAUAACUUAAUCCCGU